GGCGGGAUGGUGUCGCGGUGCCAGGUGGAAGUGUUGUAUUUUGCAGAAAGUGCUGAAAUAACAGGAAUUCGCUCAGAGACCAUUUCUGUGCCACAAGAAAUAAAAGCAUUGCAGCUGUGGAAUGAGAUAGAAACGCGCCAUCCUGGAUUGGCUGACAUCAGAAAUCAGGUGAUAUUUGCUGUUCGUCAAGAAUAUGUCGAGCUUGGACAUCAGCUCCUCCUGCUUCAAUCAGGAGACGAAAUUGCCAUUAUCCCCCCCAUUAGUGGAGGAUAGUGCUUUUGAGCCACCUGGGAAAGAUAUAAAUGAAGUUGAAGAGAAAUCAAAAGAUAUAAUAAAAUUCACAUCUGAGCAACUUUCAGUAGAUGAAGUCUCACAGCUGGUGAUUUCUCCAUUCUGUGGUGCAAUAUCCCUAUUUGUAGGAACUACAAGGAAUAACUUCGAAGGGAAAAAAGUCAUUAGCUUAGAGUAUGAAGCAUAUCUACCAAUGGCAGAAAAUGAAGUCAGAAAAAUUUGUAGUGACAUUAGAAAGAAGUGGCCAGUCAAACACAUAGCAGUGUUCCAUCGGCUUGGCUUAGUUCCAGUGUCAGAAGCAAGCAUUAUCAUUGCUGUGUCCUCAGCCCAUAGGACUGCCUCCCUCGAAGCUGUGAGCUAUGCCAUUGAUACUUUAAAAGCCAAGGUGCCCAUAUGGAAAAAGGAAAUGUAUGAAGAAUCAUCAUCUUGGAAAAGAAACAAAGAAUGCUUCUGGGCAACCAGUGAUUAAACCACUCAGGCUUCUAGAGUCUUAAAAUUUAAACUUGAUACCAUGGGGAAGAUCCUGCAUCCUGUCUUUGGCUGGGACCUAUAGAACAGCCAUAUGGACACUAGGAAUCUCCUGCUUAUUUGGUGUUUAUUCCUUCACCUAUUCAGACAUUGGACCAGAAGAAUCGUGGGAAGGCUGACAAAUCCUCCACCAUCUAUUCCUUUACUGAGAUGGGGUUGUCUGCCUGGUCUCAACCUUACCCUUUCUGAAUUCAUUGCCUGCCUCCCUCCCACCAAACUUUGUCCUGCUCCUAUUUGAGAACAGGGGCAGGUGGUUGGACGACAGUCAGUUACAUUCUGUGUGAAAGCACAGUAUCAUGAGAUUACUGGGCCACCAGAUACUCCUGGGAUUUUGCACCCAUGUUGUUCAUAUGUUGUUUAUUAUGUCAUAUAUGUCUGUAUGAGGUAUAUGUGGAUUUCAGGAUUUUUCUACUCAAAUAUUUAGAGGAUCUUUAUUGAUGGUAAUUAAAUAUUUAAAGAACAUAAAGUAUUCUCUAUGCAUGUUUUAUUAAAGAAUCAUGUCUUAAUUUUGAGUAGGUUUUGUUCUAAGUCAGGAACACAGACUAUUAUGCUUUUAAGUCUCCAGUACAGAGGUUAAGGAGUUAAUCUGGGGCAUGCUAAAACUGGGAUGGAACAUCCCUGACAGUUUUUAGCGCAUUGCACUGGAUUUAAAUAGGGUCUUUGAUCCCCAGUUUCUUAGGUGUGGCAGUGUUAAUUGGUGGUGAGGUAAUAAGGGGCUAGCAUCACUUUGACAUAGCCUUUUUAUACCCGUAACUUAGUUGCUUCACUAAUUAGAAGAGUAACCUAAAAAAAUUGGCCUUUAAGUGGAUUGUAAUGUUUAAAGUCACUUUGGAACUGUGGCUUUGUAUGACAGCCUAUGUAAAUUCACCCAAGAAGUAGGAAACUCAGAUUACUUGUGUUUCAAGUUUUUUAACAGGUAGCAAAAUUUAAAGAAUUUUAUCUUUGAAUGAAAGUAAUAGCAGAUGGUCAACAAAUGAAGUGUUUUGUGAUUUUGUGGAUAUUUUUGUCCUUUAGAUAUGAUGUUGAGCCACUGUAUUUUCAGCAUGUUUUGAGAAAUAGUGAUUAAGGAGCCAGAAGUUUGAAUCUUGAUCUUAGAUCCCUGAAUGAACCUAUUGGAGAAUUAGAAAACAAUUCCUGGAUAUCUUUUGAAUCCACUCAUUUCUUUUUUCUGCUGCUACAUUUGUCAUCCAAGCCACCACUCCAUUUCUCUUGGACUGUUGCUGUGGCCUGGUGACAGUCCCCCUUCCUUCUCCCACUUAGGUCACUUCAUCAUCCUACUUGAACCUUCUGAUAGGUAAUCACAUCCUAGAACUUCAGUGUUCUCACCAUGACCUACAGCCUACAUGAUCGGGCUCCUGCCUGCCCCUCUCAUCUCCUCUCUUGCACCAGGCUCCCUGCUUUGCUAUGGUGCUUUGUGGCAGGCUUAUUCUCCCUAAGAGUCCUUGCCAGUCUCUUUGUCUAGAAUGCCCUUCCUCCAGGAAUUCCUAUAGUCUGCUUCCUCACUUUAUUUCCUCACUUCCUCCCUAAUUAAAUGUCACCUCCUCAGAGAGCCUUCUCUGACUACCCUAUUUAAAAUUGGAUUCCUGUUCCCUUCCCUUGCUCUACUUUGUAUCUUGCAGUGGCACUUAACCACUACCUCAUGUACUCCAUCUGUUCGUUUAUCUCCAUCACUAGACUGUCAGCUUCCUGAGGCCAGGGAUUUUUUGUCUCCGUCACCACAGUGUCUAACCAUGACAUGCACUCAAGAGUGCUCAUAAGUUCUGUCCGUGUUAAGUAUUGUGCCCCCAAAUUAAACACACGUGACACGAUGUGUAGUUGUAGUGCUUACAGAUGUGUAAAAGUAUCUGGAUAGAUGAAUGAGUGGAUAGGUGCAGCUUUUUCUUCUGCACUCUCUUCCUCACUCCCAUCCUGCAGUGUCUCUCCUACACAGUUCCUGAGCACCUAGUUGUAGUAAAGGCCUCUCUUAAGGCAGUAACGAUUUGUGUGGUGUAGUUAGGCAGCUCACCCAGCAGAGGGCAGUAGAGCUAGGGCUAUAGUAAGAACAACUUGAGUUCGCUUUUUACCUUCAUUUUGCACAGAAUCAAGAAGUUCAGUUUAGUUAGUAGCCUUUUUCUUUUAGUUAGGUUGGAGUGGUCCUAAGAUGAAAAUCAGUCCCUCCUUUUGAAUAAGAUUAUUUCCAAUCUUUAAUUGGUAUCUUAAUUUAAAAUAUUAAAGGGUUAUGAUAGGAUGAGGAAUUUUUUUAAAAUGUUCUAUGUAGUUUUUAAAAGGUGAUAUAGAAUGAAUAAAAGGAAUUACUUUUUAAAAAUACAUAAAUAUAAAACUUCUGAUUUGGGACAGAAUGGUAGAUUUGAUACAGGUCUUUAACCUACUCUGUGACAAUCCAAAGAAAAAUGAAUGUUCUUUUU